CGGUGAGAGAGAGAGGGAGAGAGAGAGGCGGGUGUCCCGGUGAGAGAGAGAGAGAGGGAGAGGCGGGUUCCCGGUGAGAGAGAGUGAGAGGGAGAGGCGGGUGUCCCGGUGAGAGAGAGAGAGAAAGAGAGGGAGAGGCGGGUGUCCCGGUGAGUGAGAGGGAGAGGCGGGUUCCCGGUGAGAGAGAGGGAGAGGCGGGUGUCCCGGUGAGUGAAUGAGUUUAGAAAGUGAGUAAAUCAAGGAGGGAGAGGUGGGUGUCUGGGGAAGUGAGGGAGAGGCGGAGUAAGCGAAGGACAGGCGAGUGUCCUGGAGCACAGUUUGUCGUCUGCCGGCUUGCACUGAGCGUUGGAGAUGCAUUACUACAAACAAUCGCAGGCACGAGUCAGCUGCUUCUUCAAGUACUUUCUGUUCGGUCUCAAUAUCAUCUUCUGGUUGGCUGGUGCUGGGCUGCUUGCAAUCACUUUCUGGGCCUGGAAUGAAAAGGGAGUGUUAAACAUCCAAUCUAUCACUGAGCUGAAUGGAUUUGAUCCGGUUUGGGUAAUCCUGGUGGUCGGUUUCCUGACCUUCAUUCUGGGAUUCGCGGGAUGCAUCGGAGCUCUGCGCGAGAACAUCUGCCUCCUAAAGUUUUUCUCAUUAAUCAUUGGAGCAAUCUUCACUUUGGAGCUGGUGGCUGGAAUCCUCGCCUUCGUGUUUCAAGACUGGGUGAAGGAACAGGUGCAGAAUUUUGUCCGAGACAAUAUUGGAGUGUACCGCGAUGACAUAGAUCUGCAGAACCUCAUCGAUGCAGUUCAGAAAUACAUGCAGUGUUGUGGAGCUGGUGGUCCUAAUGACUGGGACAACAAUCCUUACUUCAACUGUUCUCAGGAGAAUACCAGCCGGGAACGAUGUGGUGUUCCCUUUUCCUGCUGUAUGCCAGACCCUGCACAAAACGUUGUGAACACCCAGUGUGGAUACGACAUCCGAUCCAAGAAUAAGAAUAAGGCGGAGUAUGAUCAGACCAUCUACACAAAGGGUUGUGUCCAAGCAUUUGAGGACUGGUUGCCCAGGAACAUCUACUUUGUCGCCGGGUCUUUGCUGGUCAUUGCCUCCCUGCAGAUGUUUUCGAUUUACCUUGCGCGAUCGCUGAUCAGUGAAAUCAAAGCGAUAAAGGCUGGAUGGCGUUACUGAGGCCACACUGAAACCAACAGGAUCCAGGAAUGGCUCAACUUUGCAAACCAAGUAUUUUUUGUGCCAAAGGAAGAUGUGGGCGUCACUUUAUUGCCUUACUGAGGUUUUGGAUGGUUCUGCUAUGCAUUCAAUAGGUUUCAAUUGGUACAUUUAAUGUCAGAGAAAUGUAUACAAUAUACAUCGUGAAAUGCUUUUACUUCGCAAACAUUCACGAAAACAGGAAUGCCCUAAAGAAUGAAUGACAGGUAAAUGUUAUAACGCCCAAAGUCCUCCCAGCUCCCCCCUCCCACGCACAAGCAGCAGUAAGGCAACGACGCCCCCACCAGCAAAAAAAGCAUCGGCGUCCCCCCCCCCGCCUCAAAAAUACAAGCUUGCAGUACCCCAAAGACUACUCCAAACUAUUUUUUUUAAAAAACUAUUCACUGUAGUCGGAGUGUGUGUUCAUUAAUCACCUUGUGCCUUACUGCAAUUUGCAGAUAUUUGAGAAGUCACGUUUGUACAAUCAGACGUUGAACAUUGGGUAAGUCUGGAAAACCAGGGGUCACCAGUACUCAAUUACUCCAAGAAUCAGUAACCGCCUGCGCGGAUGAGCACUACUGUGCGAUGUAUAAACAGUCGGGAACAGCUGACAAAAUGGAGCAAGUGAUAUUCCCCCCAGCAUCAGUGAAUUCAGUACUGGUCUGUGUAAUGUGACUUCAGUGAUACGGCUCACGUUAGCUCCCACAACAGACAAACAGGGGAGGAUUUCACCAUGAGCUGCUGGUGGAGGGCGGCUCUCUCUUAUAUGUGGGCUGUUACACACUGUUGAUAAUGUGAGAAUCAACAAAGCUGUUAAGGUCGGAGGGAAAGAGUGAGCGUUGCCCUUUGCAGUGUGAUGCCAAUGGAUUCGGGAAUCAUCCCGUGGAGGUACAGCGGGAAGAGUUUUUAUUUUCUGAGCUUACAAUGAGUUUCAUUCUAGCAGAACUUCUUAGUCGGUUUAAUAUCUGAAUAUUUUAAGUGUUUUAAGAAAUUAUAUUAAACAAGCUUAGCAUUUGUGUGUAUCCUCGUGCUGAAAGCUUUCAAAUUGUAAUGGAAAGCUUCAGCUUUAUCAGCCUUGUUUUUUUUAAUAAAAUAAAAUAUUAUUAAAGCAAAACAGAACAUUGGAAUGAG